AUGGAUCAGAUUACGCCCAAAGAAGUGAAGAUCCUGGAGAAUCCGGAGGAUAUUCAGGAGAGACGAGAGCAAGUUUUGGGACGAUACGCCAACUUCAAGGCGGAGGCGCGUAACAAGCGGGACAAGCUCGAGGACUCCCGUCGCUUUCAGUAUUUUAAGCGAGAUGCGGACGAACUCGAAGGAUGGAUCUACGAGAAGCUCCAGGCUGCCUCGGACGAGAGCUACAAAGAUCCGACCAAUCUACAGGCGAAGAUUCAAAAGCACCAGGCGUUUGAAGCUGAAGUAGCUGCUCAUUCAAAUGCUAUCGUGCAAUUGGACAACACGGGAUCCGAAAUGAUAGCGCAGCAUCAUUUUGCGAGCGAUGUGAUUCGCAAGAGAUUAGAGGAAUUGCAUCGUCUGUGGGAGUUGCUGCUAUCCCGAUUAGCUGACAAAGGUCUGAAGUUACAACAGGCCUUGGUUCUCGUACAGUUCAUUCGCCACUGCGACGAGGUAAUGUUCUGGAUUCACGACAAGGAGGCGUUCGUAACAACCGAUGAAUUUGGACACGACUUGGAACACGUGGAGGUGCUCCAAAGAAAAUUUGAUGAGUUUCAAAAAGACAUGGCCAGUCAAGAGUACAGAGUCACGGAAGUGAAUGAACUGGCGGACAAGCUGCUUUUGGACGGUCAUCCCGAACGCGACACCAUUCUGCGUAGAAAGGAAGAACUCAACGAGUCUUGGCAGAGACUGAAACAACUGGCCACGUUGCGACAAGAGAAACUGUUUGGCGCGCACGAGAUUCAGAGAUUCAAUCGCGACGCCGACGAGACCAUGGCCUGGAUCGCGGAGAAAGACGUGGUUUUGUCUUCUGACGAUUUCGGACGGGAUCUUGCCAGCGUUCAAACCUUACAACGCAAGCACGAGGGUAUCGAACGUGAUUUGGCCGCUCUGGAGGAUAAGGUCUAUACAUUGGGCACGGAAGCCGAUCGUCUUGCCUCGAUUCACGAAGCGGAUCAUUCCAAACAAAUUCAAUCUAAACGCGCCGAGAUCUUACAGUCGUGGGAGAGCCUUACCGCGAAAGCGAAAGAACGUCGUCUAAAACUCGACGAGUCGUAUUAUCUUCAUCGAUUUUUGGCCGAUUAUCGCGAUUUGGUGUCAUGGAUGAACGAUAUGCGCGCUAUAAUUUCCGCGGACGAGCUGGCGAAAGACGUAGCCGGCGCCGAAGCUUUGGUCGACAGACAUCAAGAACACAAGGGAGAGAUCGAUGCCAGAGCCGAUAGCUUCGACGCAACCACACUGGCCGGCAAUAAGCUUCUCGAGAAGAAACAUUACGCUUCCGAGGAAGUGGCCCGUAAAUUGAACUCUCUUGCUGAGGACAAGUCGUCUCUCUUGAGUCUGUGGGAGAAGAGACGCAUCUUGUACGAACAAUGCGUGGAUUUGCAGCUGUUCUAUCGAGAUACCGAGCAGGCGGACGCGUCGAUGGCCAAACAGGAAGCGUUUCUCGCGAACGAGGAUUUGGGAGAUUCUCUCGAUAGCGUCGAGGCGCUGAUCAAAAAACACGAAGACUUCGACAAAUCGCUUGCGGCUCAAGAGGAAAAGAUCAAAGUGCUCGACGAUUUUGCCGGAAAGUUGAUCGAAGGUGAGCACUACGCCGCGGACGACGUUGCGCAACGACGACAGUUGUUGUUGGAACGAAGAGCUAUUCUUCUGGAAAAAUCGGCGCAGAGACGACGUCGUCUGGAAGACGCGUACAAGUUGCAACAAUUCGAGAGAGACUGCGACGAGACGAAGGGCUGGGUAAACGAGAAGCUCAAGUUCGCAACCGACGAUAGCUACCUGGAUCCCACGAAUCUGAACGGCAAAGUGCAGAAACAUCAGAAUUUCGAGCAGGAACUGAACGCGAACAAGACGCGCAUGGAGGAGAUGGUAGCAACCGGUCAGGAAUUGAUUGAGAGCGGUCACUAUGCUAGCGAUCGCAUACGUACUCGCAUCGAAGAGAUCGUGACGCUGUGGGAGAGUCUGGCGCACGCGACCGAGAAGAAAGGUGCGAAGUUGCAAGAAGCUUCGCAGCAGCAACAAUUCAACCGAACGAUCGAGGACAUCGAACUUUGGCUCUCGGAAGUCGAGGGGCAACUUAUGUCGGAGGAUUACGGCAAGGAUCUGACCAGCGUUCAGAAUCUACAGAAGAAACACGCGCUUCUUGAAGCCGACGUAGGUUCUCACGCUGACAGAAUUGACAGUAUUACUCAGGCGGCCGAACAGUUCGUCAAAUCGGGUCAUUUCGACGCCGACAACAUCAAAUCCAAGCAAGAUCAAUUGCAAGCCAGAUACGCCGCUCUGCAACGUCCUAUGAGCUUGAGAAAGCAACGACUUCUCGAUUCCCUUCAGGUGCAACAGCUGUUUAGAGAUAUUGAGGACGAAGAAGCUUGGAUUCGCGAGAAAGAACCGGUUGCGGCGUCCACCAAUCGCGGACGCGAUCUGAUCGGUGUGCAGAAUCUUCAGAAGAAGCACCAGGCCGUUUUGGCUGAGAUCAACAAUCACGAGCCUAGAGUGGCCGCGGUUUGUCAAGCGGGUUCGACCAUGUUGCAAGAAGGACACUUUGCCGCCGAGGAAAUUAGUCAACGACUGGCGGCUUUGGACGAACAUUGGGGACAGUUGAAGGACAAGGCUCGUCAACGAAAGACCGACUUGGACGAUUCGUUGCAGGCGCAUCAAUACUUUGCUGACGCGAACGAAGCUGAAUCUUGGAUGAAGGAAAAACGUCCAAUAGUGAUGAAUGCCGAUUACGGCAAAGACGAGGAUAGUUCUGAAGCUCUCUUGAAGAAACACGAAGCUUUAGUGAGCGAUUUGGAGGCAUUUGCUAGCACGAUUGCAGCCCUGAAAGACCAAGCUGCAUCGUGCAGACAGCAAGAGACGCCUACCGUUGACAUCACCGGUAAGGAGUGUGUUGUUGCUCUUUACGAUUAUACCGAGAAGUCUCCCAGAGAAGUAUCCAUGAAGAAAGGCGACACUCUGACCCUUCUCAAUUCCAACAACAAGGAUUGGUGGAAGGUCGAAGUAAACGAUCGUCAGGGAUUUGUUCCAGCAGCGUACGUGAAGCGCGUGGAACCCGAGGCAGGUCUCAGCGCGUCCCAACAGAAUUUGGCCAGGGAACAGAGCUCGAUUGCUGCGCGACAAGCGCAGAUUGAGGCGCAGUACGAUGAUCUUUUGCGUCUAGCGCGCGAACGUCAAAAUAAGCUCAACGAAACGGCCAAGGCUUACGUGUUGGUGAGAGAAGCCGCUGAAUUAGCCACCUGGAUCAAAGACAAAGAGAAUCACGCCCAGGUGCAAGACGUAGGCGAGGAUCUGGAACAGGUGGAGGUCAUGCAAAAGAAGUUCGACGAUUUCCAAGCUGAUCUCAAAGCGAACGAGGUGCGUUUAGCUGAGAUGAACGAGAUUGCCGUACAAUUGAUGAGUCUUGGACAGACCGAAGCGGCGUUGAAGAUUCAGACGCAGAUUCAGGAUCUAAACGAGAAGUGGACCAGUCUGCAGACACUCACGGCAGAACGCGCCAAUCAGCUUGGUUCCGCUCACGAGGUGCAACGAUUCCAUCGCGACGUCGACGAGACGAAGGAUUGGAUACGCGAAAAGGACGCGGCGCUGAACAACGACGAUCUGGGCAAGGAUUUGCGCAGCGUUCAAGCGCUGCAGCGCAAGCACGAAGGUUUGGAGAGAGAUUUGGCGGCUCUCGGGGACAAGAUCAAACAGCUCGACGAGACCGCCAAUCGUCUGAUGCAGUCGCAUCCGGAAACCGCCGAGCAAACGUACGCCAAGCAAAAAGAGAUCAACGAGGAAUGGACCCAACUCACAGCUAAAGCCAAUAGCAGAAAAGAGAAACUUCUGGAUUCUUAUGAUUUGCAACGGUUUCUAAGUGAUUACCGCGAUUUGAUGGCCUGGAUCAACUCGAUGAUGGGUCUGGUCGCUUCCGAGGAACUCGCGUCCGACGUCACCGGCGCCGAAGCGUUGCUCGAACGUCAUCAGGAGCAUCGAAUGGAGAUAGAUGCCAGAGCAGGUACUUUCCAGGCGUUCGAAUUGUUCGGCCAACAAUUGCUGCAAUCUAGCCACUACGCAAGCGUCGAGAUACUGGAGAAACUCGAGUCUAUGGCUGAGGCGCGACAAGAACUGGAGAAGGCUUGGAUUCAACGACGCAUGCAGCUCGAUCAGAAUCUCGAACUGCAACUGUUCUGCAGGGAUUGCGAGCAAGCUGAGAAUUGGAUGAGCGCGCGAGAGGCUUUUCUCAGCAGCGCGGACGCGGUGGACAGUAGCGACAACGUCGAGGCGCUUAUCAAGAAACACGAAGAUUUCGACAAAGCGAUCAACGCUCACGAGGAGAAAAUCGCUACUUUACAAACUCUGGCCGAUCAACUUAUUGCUGCCGAGCAUUACGCCUCCAAACCUAUUGACGAGAGACGGUGCCAGGUGUUAGAUCGCUGGCGACACUUGAAGGACGCUCUCAUUGAGAAACGUUCGAAACUGGGCGAAUCUCAGACGUUGCAGCAGUUCUCUCGCGAUGCCGACGAGAUGGAAAAUUGGAUCGCGGAGAAACUUCAACUGGCAACCGAGGAAAAUUACAAGGAUCCCGCUAAUAUACAAUCGAAGCAUCAGAAACAUCAGGCGUUCGAGGCCGAAUUAGCGGCCAAUGCUGAUCGAAUUCAAUCGGUACUCGCUAUGGGAGGUAACUUGAUCGAGAAGCACCAAUGUGCCGGAUCGGAGGAUGCCGUUCAGAAGAGAUUAGCAUCGAUCGCCGAUCAGUGGGAAUAUCUCACGCAAAAGACCACGGAGAAGUCUAUGAAAUUGAAGGAAGCCAAUAAGCAGCGAACUUAUAUCGCUGCCGUGAAGGAUCUCGAUUUCUGGCUCGGAGAAGUCGAGAGUUUGCUUACGUCCGAAGAUGCUGGCAAAGAUUUGGCCUCGGUGCAGAAUCUCAUGAAGAAACAUCAGCUCGUCGAAGCUGACAUACAGGCGCACGAGGAGAGAAUCAAGGAUAUGAAUGCGCAAGCCGAUUCGUUGAUCGAGAGCGGUCAAUUUGAUGCCGCUGGUAUUCAGGAGAAACGACAGAGCAUAAACGAGCGUUACGAGCGAAUUCGAAACUUGGCGGCGCACAGACAGGCUAGGCUCAACGAAGCCAACACCUUGCAUCAGUUCUUCCGCGACAUCGCCGACGAGGAAUCGUGGAUCAAGGAGAAGAAGCUUCUUGUCGGAUCGGACGAUUACGGACGCGAUCUUACGGGCGUGCAAAACUUGAAAAAGAAACACAAGAGAUUGGAAGCCGAACUCGGUAGUCACGAACCCGCCAUACAAGCUGUUCAGGAAGCGGGAGAGAAAUUGAUGGACGUCUCCAAUCUGGGAGUGCCUGAAAUCGAGCAGCGUCUGAAACUUCUCAAUCAGGCUUGGGCCGAACUCAAACAGCUUGCUGCCACCAGAGGACAGAAAUUGGACGAAUCUUUAACGUAUCAGCAGUUCCUAGCCAAAGUCGAGGAAGAAGAAGCGUGGAUCACGGAGAAGCAACAGUUACUUUCCGUGGAAGACUACGGCGAUACGAUGGCUGCCGUUCAGGGUCUUUUGAAGAAGCACGACGCGUUUGAAACAGAUUUUGCGGCUCACGGUGAACGUUGCAAGGACAUAUGCGACGCCGGCGAGUCGUUGAUCGAGGCUGGCAAUCAUCGAGCGGACGCUAUUGCUCAGAGAUGCGCUCAAUUGCGCAACAAACUUGAACAACUCGGAGCUCUCGCGGCUCGCAGAAAGACGCGUCUGAAUGACAACUCGGCGUACUUGCAAUUCAUGUGGAAGGCCGACGUAGUCGAGUCAUGGAUCGCCGACAAGGAGACUCACGUGCGUUCCGAAGAGUUUGGUCGAGAUUUGUCCACCGUGCAGACAUUACUCACGAAACAAGAGACAUUCGACGCUGGUCUUCACGCGUUCGAGCACGAGGGUAUACAAAACAUCACUUUGCUGAAGGAGAUGCUCGUGAACGCGGGUCACGAUCAAACCCCAAGUAUUCAGAAACGUCACGCCGACGUUAUCGCUCGCUGGCAGAAACUCCUGGCCGAUUCCGAUUCGAGGAAACAACGUUUGUUGAGAAUGCAGGAUCAAUUCAGACAGAUCGAGGAGCUCUAUCUGACGUUCGCGAAGAAGGCUUCCGCUUUCAAUUCUUGGUUCGAAAACGCGGAAGAAGAUCUUACGGAUCCGGUUCGUUGCAACAGCAUCGAAGAGAUUCGAGCUCUUCGGGAGGCGCACGCGCAAUUCCAAGCAAGCUUGUCCUCGGCCGAGGCUGACUUCCAAGCACUGGCCGCUUUGGACAGACAGAUCAAGAGCUUCAAUGUUGGACCCAAUCCGUACACGUGGUUUACGAUGGAAGCGUUGGAAGAUACUUGGCGUAAUCUGCAGAAGAUAAUUAAGGAACGUGACGUUGAACUUUCGAAGGAAGCGCAACGGCAAGAAGAGAACGACAAAUUACGUAAAGAAUUCGCCAAGCACGCUAAUUCUUUCCAUCAGUGGCUAGCGGAAACAAGAACAUCUAUGAUGGAAGGAUCUGGAUCUUUAGAACAGCAACUAGAGGCUACCAAGCGCAAGACUCAAGAAGUGCGCGCACGUCGUCAAGACUUGAAGAAGAUCGAAGAUCUGGGAGCUAUUUUAGAGGAACAUCUGAUUCUGGACAAUCGUUACACGGAACACAGUACUGUGGGACUGGCACAACAAUGGGAUCAGUUGGAUCAGCUGGGAAUGCGUAUGCAGCACAAUUUGGAGCAGCAGAUUCAAGCUCGAAACCAGUCCGGUGUGUCUGAAGACGCGCUCAAAGAAUUCUCCAUGAUGUUCAAACACUUCGACAAGGACAAGAGCGGUCGUCUUAAUCAUCAAGAAUUUAAAUCGUGCUUGAGAGCUUUGGGUUAUGACUUACCUAUGAUGGAAGAGGGACAACCUGAUCCAGAAUUCGAAAACAUAUUAGAUAUCGUGGAUCCUAAUAGAGAUGGAUACGUAUCGCUGCAAGAGUAUAUGGCGUUUAUGAUCAGCAAGGAAACUGAAAAUGUGCAAAGCUCAGAAGAGAUAGAAAACGCUUUCCGAGCGAUUACAGCAGCAGAUCGACCAUAUGUCACUAAAGAGGAAUUAUACGCUAACCUCACGAAAGAGAUGGCCGAUUAUUGCGUCGCUCGUAUGAAGCCUUACGUGGAUCCGAAAUCGGAACGACCGAUAACGGGAGCGUUAGACUACAUAGAAUUUACGCACACCCUUUUCCAAAAUUAAUUAUGCACUUAUUACACACGUAUAUGCGUAUUAUGGUAUUUUUUUCACGCUUAAUUUAUUAAAAAAAAAAAAAAAAAAUAGCAGCUAUCAUUUUUUCUUGAAAUAAAAAAAAUGCUUGAUUAUUUCUCUAUAUUAAUAUAUGUAAUAUUCUACAAUACACGUAGAAAGAGAUUGCAAUUUAAUAUAAAAAUAUUUAACUAAAUUCUCUCACGUAAUUAAAAUAGUAUAAAAUGAAACCACGUAAUAGAUCGUUGGGGUGAAUAUAUUGUUAGCAAUAAAUAAUCAACUGCAAUAAUA